AUGCGUCUUAUUAUUCGUCAAGAUUAUGAUCAAGUUUCUGAGUAUAUGGCAUCAUAUAUCAGGGAUCGUAUCAUAGAAUUUAACCCAACCACUAACCGUCCCUUCGUUCUUGGACUGCCUACUGGUUCCUCUCCCGUUGGUGUUUACAAAAAUUUGGUCAAGUAUCAUCAAAACGGUCAACUAAGUUUCAAGAAUGUUGUUACGUUUAACAUGGAUGAAUAUGUUGGCUUACCGAGAGAUCAUCCUGAAAGUUAUCAUUCUUUCAUGUGGCACCAUCUUUUUAAACAUAUUGACAUUCUUCCUCAAAAUGUCCAUAUUCUCGACGGUAAUGCUGAUGAUCUUGAAGAGGAAUGCAGGAAAUAUGAAGAGAAAAUUAAGUCUUUCGGUGGUGUUGAAUUGUUUUUAGGAGGAAUUGGUCCUGAUGGUCAUAUUGCUUUUAAUGAACCUGCAAAUUCUCGAUUUUUUGAUGGUGAUAUUAGUAAAGUUCCAAGAAUGGCUUUAACUGUUGGUGUGGGUACCGUAAUGGAUUCUCGUGAAGUUGCUAUCAUCAUCACAGGAGCUCACAAAGCUCUAGCUUUAGCGAAAUGUAUUGAAGAAGGUGUUAAUCAUAUGUGGACCGUCUCAGCGAUCCAAUUACACCCUAAAGCCCUUAUCGUUUGUGAUGAAGACGCUACCCUUGAAUUGCACGUUAAAACUGUUAAAUAUUUCAAGAGUAUCGAUCAUGUACUUCAUAACCUUGUUGGUUCCGAAAAUGUAGGAUUACAGGGUAGAUCAUUGUUAAUUUUUAUUUAA